AAACUCAUUUCUUUAUUAUUAACGUUGAAGAACACUGACAUUUAUAGUUACAGGAGCCAUGAAAAUAGGUGACGGCCAUUUCAGAGUGGAAGCAGGUUGAGUGUUGGAUUUGACGAAGUUUGGUAAGAGCUGUAAUUUGGAAAUUGCUACUGAUGUCAUAGAUAGAACAGCACAGAUGUCUUAACUUUGUUUCCUUCCUGGAAGUUUACUGGAGUCACGGUUGUGUCUCAGUUCUAGUUAGCACGAGCUGGAUGCAGCAGGCAGUGUUUCUUGUCAACUUCUUAGAAUGUUGCAGAGAUGAAAGCAGUAAAAUUCGUGCCCAGUCUAAGGAUGGAAUUUGUAAGGCUUAAGCUGAAACUCAUACUUGGGUAGGAGUAACACUUCCACCAUCGGAUACUGAGUUUAUUUUAUAACCAAUUAUAGCUCUCGGCUACUUUUGUUCUCAACCAGGGAAGCAUCCCUACCCUCAAUUCCAUGUCACGGUAUUCUUCCACCUUGAAUUCGUGCUUUCAGAACUGAAAACAAAUCAGAGCCUCUGCUUCACCAGCACCGUGCUGUGACAGAGAUCAGUGGAUUUCAUACUGGAGAGGGCCUUUGCCCUUGGGCUGUUAAAAUCAUUAUUCGGGCCCCAUAGCAGAAGCCUUGGCUCUACUAGCCUAAAGGUUAGUGCACCGGGUUGGACGAGACAAGACCGAGGCAGCACACUAUCUAGCAAUCUAGACAGCCAUAGGAGCAGACCGGCCGCUCGCAACAGCUGACGGAGCGGCGACUGCGGAGCCCGAGGAGGCGGCGCACGUCGGACCCGCCAUCCCGGCGCCGCGCAUCAGCCGAAGCUGCGGCUAGGAAACAGUCCCACCGCGCAGAGUACCAGUUCGCCGGCCGCAGGACGGAGGCAGGUGCAGGCCUCAGCAAGGGGCACUCAGCGGCGUUGAUCUGUCCGACCUCGCUGCGGUCACCACACCCGCUACUUGGCUCCGGGACUCCCCCGCCUCCGGCCUCGCCCGGCCGCACCCCGGGCUGCGCGGCGUCACAGAGCGCAUGCGUGCCGCGGGGGAUGCCGGGAGCGCGCAGUGGCGGCAGCGGCAGCGACGGCAGUAACAGCGGCCGCUCGAGCGGGGACACCAGCGGGGCGGUGACCGUGUGGGAGGUGGUCUCACUCUUGGGGAAGCUGCUAGGGACCGUCGCCGCGCUGAAGGUGGUUCUGUACCUGCUCCGGGUGUGCUUCGCGAUGGCCUGGAAAUCCGGCGGCGCUAGCCACUCGGAGCUAAUCCACAACCUCCGCAAGAAUGGAAUCAUCAAAACAGAUAAAGUAUUUGAAGUGAUGCUGGCUACAGACCGCUCCCACUAUGCAAAAUCUAACCCUUACAUGGAUUCUCCACAAUCAAUAGGUUUCCAGGCAACAAUCAGUGCCCCUCACAUGCAUGCAUAUGCACUAGAACUUCUGUUUGACCAGUUGCAUGAAGGUGCUAAAGCCCUCGAUGUGGGAUCUGGAAGUGGGAUCCUCACCGCCUGUUUUGCGCGGAUGGUUGGACAUAGUGGAAAAGUCAUUGGAAUUGAUCACAUUAAGGAACUAGUAGAUGACUCAAUAAGUAAUGUCAAAAAAGAUGACCCAAUGCUUCUGUCCUCGGGGCGAGUACGGCUGGUUGUGGGAGACGGAAGAAUGGGCUACGCCGAGGAAGCCCCUUACGACGCCAUUCACGUGGGAGCUGCAGCCCCGGUGGUGCCCCAGGCAUUAAUAGACCAGUUAAAGCCUGGUGGAAGAUUGAUAUUGCCAGUUGGUCCUGCCGGAGGAAACCAAAUGUUGGAGCAGUAUGACAAGCUACAAGAUGGCAGUGUCAAAAUGAAGCCUCUGAUGGGGGUGAUAUACGUGCCUUUAACAGAUAAAGAGAAGCAGUGGUCCAGGUGGAAGUGAUUCUUUCUUCUGCUCUUUCUUCUUCCACACAUUCAAGGGAUGAACUGUAAGAGCAGCAUGAGUUGACCAGUCUGUGACACCGCAGCGACUGUUCAUCUCGGUCCUUACAGCGUUUGAAAACCAACAGCGUCUCAGCUUGUUUUGGACUUUGUUACACUCUUAUUUUCAGCAUGAAAAUGUGUGGUUUUGUAGGGUUUCCUAAUUCAAAACGGCGCCGAGCCAAACUGCUGAUAGAGGAGGGGCUGCAAAGCAUUAACCUCGUGUGUUGUUUUAACAUGCCCACGUUUCACUUUAAAACAUAUGAAAAGAAAGGGUUCUCCAGCUGGAAAGCUCCCUUUGUGAAUUAGUUUUGAAGAGUGACUUUGCUUUUCUUGGGCACUUAAUUCUGUUCCAAUAUUAAUUUAUCAGAUUUUUUUUUUGGCAUCAGGUAGCACCACAUUCACAAGUUUAGCUUCCUUGGUAGCCGAUGUCUGUUAGAUGCUACUAAGAAAAUAGAGAUGAGCUUUCUUCUUCAAAGCCUUUGAUGUGGCAUCAUAGGAUAGCAUGUCGUAGAUACAAUCAGCUGCUGUUACCUUAAAACUAGGUGUUUGUACAUACUGAAACUUAAGACUACAGCAGGUGGUGUCCCCAAAACACUCCGCUGUUCCGAUUGGACAUCUCUGAUGUAAUUCUCCUCCCUCUAAAAAUGAUAGGAGGCUUGUCACUCAAUAUCGUUUAUCUGUUUCUAGUUUGCUGCUGGUAAUGUAUCUGCAUCUAACACUCUGUGUAAGCUGUUGUGUCUUUGCACAGUUUAUGCAGCACUGCUUUGCCAAAUAAAAUUAAAAGCAAAAGAAGCAUUGGUGGCCUUUGAAUCUAGAAGAACACAGGUCUGCUAGGUCCAGAUUGCUGCCCACCGUCCUGGGGAAGCAUUGUAUUCCGCUGCUGUGUCUGUGAUACCCUAAGAGGUAGAUAGAUAUGCAUAGCAUACGUCCACUGUGUGUGGCUGCAUGUCUUCAGGACGGAGACUCUGUGCUCAUUGUUUCUCUCUGCCUUCCUAGCCCAGGGCUUGCUAUUUAAUAAUAGCUCUGUAGUAAAUGCUAAGUGAGUGAGUGGGUGAAUGUAGUAUGGGGAAGAAUGUGGUUGAGAGUAAACAUACUGAAAUCCAUGUCUCAUCUAUAAAUAGAUUCAUUAAUUUAAUAACUGUAAAAUGUCUGUGAAGGUAACGGCACUUUGAAGAUGUUAUUUAAAUAUGGUUUUAUAUUUUCUAUUAAGACUUUAGUUUUUGUGAAGAUUCUAGAACUUGAGAGACGAUUACAAGCUCCCAGUAAAUGGGGCUAAGCAAAGCAAAGCAAAUCCUUCCCUCUAUGUGAUUCUGACAAGAAGAUUCGUAGUGUCUGAGAAGACAUUCCCCACUCUUCACAUCUUAAAUUACUGAUUUAAAACGUCAUGCAGACAUCACCUGACAGGCGUCUCUUCUUGGCUUAGGUCUCAGUCCCAGGAAACUAGUCUACUGUGGUCCUGGAGACUUGGAAGCCUUAACCAGCUUUGCUUUGCUGCUGGGCGUUGCUUUGGAAUCCUGCCAGUGGCUCCUGGAGUCCAGGGUGCAUGGUCAUCUGAAGUAUGUGUAAAGUCAAAUGUUCAUUCAGGCUUUAAAGCAAAUAAAUUCUUAAACUUA